AUGUCGGGCCCCUCAAAGGAGAUGAGCAUUGUAAACUUAAAGAAAUUUGGCACAGCAGAUAUCGAAAGUAUUACCUCCCGCGCUGCUGGGGAGCAUUUUGGGAGAGGUAAUCGGUCCGGUGGCUGGAUCGGCUUGAAAGAUCGUGGUUAUGAGAGUGAGAUAGGAACCGACGAGACGCAAAGUAUCGAAAGUACACAUACAUUUAGAAAAUUGAAAAAUAGACAUGUACAACUUAUUUCUAUAUCUGGUGUCAUUGGUACAGCACUUUUUGUUGCUAUAGGUAGGGCAUUGUACCGAGGUGGGCCAGCUUCGCUCUUGAUAGCAUUUGCCGCAUGGUGUGUGCCUAUAUUAUGCAUCACAGUAUCGACGGCAGAAAUGGUCUGUUUUUUCCCCGUGAGUUCACCAUUUCUAAGAAUUGCGGCUAAAUGUGUGGACGAUUCUACAGCAGUGAUGGCAAGUUGGAAUUUUUGGUUUCUUGAAUGUGUUCAAAUACCGUUUGAGAUUGUAUCAGUUAAUACGAUUAUACACUAUUGGAGAGAUGACUAUUCUGCCGCUAUACCCUUAGUGGUGCAAAUUGUUCUUUAUUUCCUCAUUUCAAUCUUUGCCGUCAAGUACUACGGGGAAGUGGAGUUUUGGCUAGCAUCAUUCAAAAUUUUUCUGGCCUUGGGUCUUUUCCUGUUCACAUUUAUCACCAUGCUAGGAGGUAAUCCGAGAAGAGAUAGAUUUGGAUUUCGCUAUUUUGGUGAUGAACCUUUUAAGCAGUACUUCCCUAAUAACGACGAAAGUGCAGGAAAGUCCGCUGGUUAUUUUCAGGGGUUUUUGGCUUGUCUCAUUCAAGCUUCAUUUACCAUCGCGGGCGGUGAGUAUAUUUCAAUGUUGGCAGGUGAAGUCAAACUUCCAAGAAAGGUGCUACCCGUUGCAUUCAAGCAGGUCUUCGUGAGAUUAACUUUCCUCUUCAUUGGUAGUUGUCUUUGUGUGGGCAUCUUGUGCUCUCCGAAUGAUCCCAAUUUAACUGCUGCCAUCGAUAACUCAAGACCCGGUGCUGGCUCGUCACCUUACGUUAUUGCGAUGAAUAAUAUGGGGAUAAGAAUUUUACCUGAUAUUGUUAACGCCGCAUUAGUAACAGCUGCGUUUUCGGCUGGCAACGCAUACACAUACUGUUCCUCCAGAACGUUGUAUGGAAUGGCCUUAGAUGGAUACGCGCCAAAGAUAUUCACCAGGUGUAAUAGGUUUGGUGUACCAAUUUACUGUGUUCUGGUUUCUUUGAUUUGGGGUUUGAUCAGUCUGCUACAAUUGAAUGACAACAGCGCAGUCGUAUUGAACUGGCUCAUCAACUUGAUUACCGCAUCGCAACUUAUAAACUUUUGCGUCCUUUGCGUCACUUAUUUAUUUUUCAGAAGGGUGUACCUGGCACAGAAGGACAACCUUCCCGCGUUGCCUUUCAAAUCUUGGUGGCAACCCUACACAGCAAUCUUCGGAUUGGUCAGUGCUCUCGCCAUGACGCUGAUUCAAGGCUAUACAGUCUUCUUCCCAAGCUUAUGGGACGUCCAGGACUUUUUAUUUUGCUAUCUGAUGGUUUUCAUCGAUCUCGGCAUCUAUCUGAUCUAUAAAUUCGUCUGGUCACGUGGCAGAGAUAAAUUUAAAGAUCCCAAAACUGUUGAUUUCUCUCAAGAUUUCAAGGAGAUAGAAAAUCAUGAAUUGGACAAUGCUUAUGAAAAGUUCAUCUAUUAUCAGUCGCAAUCUCGAUCCGAAUCAAUUGAAUGCACCUGA